UCCAGCUUGUUUUUCGCGCCAUUUGGUGUCUAUGGCUGUUUUCUCAUAACUUCUCGUUAUAAUUGUUUUGUUUGUUGAGUUUCUGUUGAAAUUGUUUAAAUAAAUUAAUUAUAAAAAUGUCAGGACGGGGAAAAGGUGGAAAAUCUAAAGGCAAGCAGAAGACCCGAUCGAAUAGAGCAGGAUUACAAUUUCCAGUAGGAAGAAUUCAUCGACUUCUUCGUAAAGGAAAUUAUGCAGAACGUAUUGGCGGUGGGGCCCCCGUCUAUUUAGCGGCUGUUUUAGAGUAUCUAGCAGCAGAAGUAUUAGAAUUGGCUGGAAAUGCUUGCAGGGACAACAAGAAGACCAGAAUAGGACCACGCCAUUUACAAUUAGCAGUAAGAAAUGACGAAGAACUGAAUAAACUUCUAUCAGGUGUUACCAUUGCUCAAGGUGGAGUAUUACCCAACAUUCAGGCAGUACUGUUACCUAAAAAGACGGGUUCUACCACCACUGCAGCCAAACAAGUUAAAACUCAAUCUCAAGAUUAUUAAAAAUAAGUUUUCAUAAUGUAGUUUGCUGUUUAAUGAUCAAAUGUUAUGUAAGUAUUUUCGUAAAUAAAGCUGCCUUUUUUUGGUAA